AUGGCCGGGGGCCUGAUGUUAGUCUUCCUCAUGUGUAAGUGUUACCUAAUUUCUGUGUCUUUACUUCUUCUGAUAUUUUGUUUUCUUUGUGUCAGACAGGUUUGUAAUGUUGGAACAUUUAUGUUGAUCUCACCAUUUUUCAAAAUUAUUUUACAUCGUGUUCAAAUAUUAACUGUUUUAAAAAAAUGUUUUCACACCCCGUUUUACAUUUUUUUCCCAACAGAUCUUAUUUCUGUGUUGGAAACUCAAGGUCAGUCCCAAUUUCAAAGUUAAUUUAAUGUUUAGGUGUAAUGUGAUCAAAGAAUUUGAAGUUACUCAUAAUCUGCCAUUUAUAUUUUGUUACAGUUGGUCUACACAGUUAUAUUUCUCUAUUUUGAAUGCUCUAAAUUGAAUCAGUGUUUAUUUUUUCAGCUUUUGCUCCGCCCAAACUGACAGUAAAUCCAGCAGUGAUCACAGAGACAGACUCGGUCACUCUGAACUGUCAGCCUCCAUCAUCUGUUUCUCAGUCUAAGUGUUAUUUCCGCAUGAAAAGAGGGGGACCAGCCAAAACCCUCUCUUGUCUGCAGAAUCUGUCCGGAGCUGAGCUGCUGAAGAUGACCAACAAGAUUUCACCUGCUGAGUUUAACGUCACCUGUUUUUACUUGUAUGGGUCUGUGUCUCCUGACAGUGAGAUAACCUCCAUCAUCGUUCUAUGUGAGUGAGCGCUGCUGCUAUGAAGUGAUUGUUUAGAAGAGCUUCUGCAGUUCCACAAUGAAGAAAUGAUCAAUAAAAAAUGUAAAACAGUAACAGUAAAUUCAUCUAAAUCACCGAUCAUGAUCAGGAUUUAACAAUUAAGUUUGUCAUCAAUAUUUUGUGUUGUGAAAAAUCAACAUAGUUAUUCUAUCCAAUAUUUGCCCUUAUUUUCAGCUACUCUUCCACCAACUCUGUCAGUGAAUCCAGCAGUGAUCACAGAGACAGACUCGGUCACUCUGAACUGUCAGCCUCCAUCAUCUGUUUCUCAGUCUAAGUGUUAUUUCCGCAUGAAAAGAGGAGGAACCGCCAAAACCCUCUCUUGUCUGCAGAAUCUGUCUGGAGCUGAGCUGCUGAAGAUGACCAACAAGAUUUCACCUGCUGAGUUUAACGUCACCUGUUUUUACUUGUAUGGGUCUGUGUCCCCUGAGAGUGAGAUAUCCUCCAUCAUUGUUCGAAGUGAGUGA